AUGAGCUGCCCCCUGCAGUGGUGUGACGGCAAGCCCUCCAACCCGGUGGAGGUCUACGGCCGCCAGCUGGAGGCGGCGGGGUUCUCAAAGUACGGCCAGGAGACGAUGAUCAGCGGCGUGACGGGGCGCGAGAUGCCGUGUGACAUCUACGUGGGCGUGGUCUACUACCAGCGGCUGCGGCACAUGGUGUCAGACAAGUUCCAGGUGCGGUCAACAGGCACGGUCAACCAGCUGACCAAGCAGCCCAUCAAGGGCCGCAAGCUGGGGGGCGGCAUCCGGUUUGGUGAGAUGGAGCGCGACAGCCUGCUGGCCCACGGGGCGGCCUACCUGCUGCACGACAGGCUGCACGCCUGCAGCGACUACCACACAAUGGACGUCUGCACGCGGUGUGGCUCCCUGCUGUCGCCCCUCACCAAGGCCCAGGCCGUCACCGGCCCCGCCUUUGCCGGCCUCGUCGCCGGCCUGCAGGGCCCCUCCGCGGCCAGGGUGGUCUGCAAGCUCUGCGACGGCAGCGGCGCCCACAUUGAACGCAUCGGGAUGCCCUUCGUUUUCAAAUACCUGGCCACAGAGCUGGCCGCCAUGAACAUCAAGGUGUCUGUUGAGCUGCGCUGA